AUGACUUCACCCGAAAACAGAAUUCUUUACAAUACAAGAUUGCAAGAAAGACUUUAUUCAAAUUCAAACAAUAUGAAUUCAAAUCAAAACAUAACCCCAGCUUCCAACACUUGGAUGUCAGUUACUCCAUUUGAUCCUAAGCAAAGCUUUCAAACUUGGUUCUCAACUUUCGACUUACACGUCCAGUUUGAUGGACUUGAUGAACAAAGAAAAUUAAUUGCCUUACAACUGAGAGGAGGAGAUGCCGUUAGAAGACAUAUUGAAGAGAUGCCAGAAGGAAGAAGAACCUACACCUUAGUCAUUGCUUCACUCAUUAAAACGUUUACAGGAGCUAUCUCAGUAGAGACUGCUUCUUCUCAAUUAGUCUCAUAUAGAUUCAACUACAGUGAUUUCAGAAAUUCUCUUAACAAUUAUGUUGCCUUAAUUGAUCAAGCCAAUCCAUCAACUCGUCGAGAAAGCUUCAGAUCUCUUGUAGAAGAAAGACUUAUUAAUAAUCUACGGGAAGGACUUGCCAGAUAUUUAAGAAAUCAAAGAAGACAUUAUGGUACUCUUGAGGAAAUGAUUGAAGACUUAAUUCUGGAAAAUGAUCUACAACAAAAUCAUCAUAAGAAAAAGAAAGGAAGAUUUACAUAUCAUUCAGACAAUUUCAUCAAUUAUUCACGAAACACUGAUAGAUGCCGUAUUUAUCAAAAUUCUAAUCAUACAAAUGCAGAAUGCAGAAAACAGAAACCGACAACCGAACCUUUACCAAAGAAUGAGACUUCUCAUAUCAAUUCAAACUUAAUCCAAAUGUCAGCUACCAUCAACAAUAGAAAGUGUCGAGUUUUAAUAGAUUCAGAAGCUACAUGUACUCUUGUGUCUCCGUCAUUUGCCAAAUCACUUAAAGUCGACUUCAAUACAUCACCAUCAUAUCUUACUACAGCUGGAUCACCAUCCUUUGCCAAACAAAUUCAUGCUCCAUUAAACCUUAGAAUCUCUAAUUGUUCAUAUCAAACAAACUUGAAUAAUUAUAUUGCGCCGCAUGAUUUUAAUGGUUAUCAUGUUAUUCUUGGAAUGAAUUAUCUUGUACCAUUAAGAUGUUCAAUUUCAACUCACGACAGGAAAGCAUAUUUCUGUCAGCCACCAACUUUAAAUUUUCUUCUUUCUCCACAGGAAGAAUCACUUAAAGAAGAAGAGGACAAAUUCAGACAAUUAAUACAAGAAAACUAUGGUUCUGUAGAUCCGCAAGAAGAUUAUGAUGUUGGACCAGGUUUGUUUACAACGCCACCACAAGAAUUCUUUACAAUACCACCAAUUGGAAUCAAACAUUAUUCUUCACCACCUUCUGAAGAUGAUGAUCAUAUAAUUCAACAAAUGCUCAACCAUAGUAUUAUUGAAGAAAGUACUUCACUCAUGACCCUUCCUUAUUAUCUCCUUAUCAAACGGGAUGAGAAAGGUAAACCCCAGAAACAAAAUGGGAAAAUAAGGAAAAGAUUCAUAUUAGAUUGUAGAGAAAUAAACCACAAAACUCGAGUUGUCCCAUUCCAUUGUUUAUCUCUCCAAAUAUUGCUUCAACAGUUAAAAAAAUUUGAUUUCGGUUCCACCAUUGAUCUACACCAAGGAUAUUUUCAGAUGUUAUUAAAUGAAGCUGAUCGCCCAUUAUUUUCAUUCAAGUACAGAUAUCAAGUAUAUCAAUUUAGAAGAGCACCAAUGGGAGCUAAAAAUUCACCUUCUUUCUUUCAGAAUAACAUGGAAAUUCUUUUAGCAAAUAUUAGAAAACAAUAUCAAUCUCAUACCAAUAUCUUCAUCUAUAUGGAUGAUAUCUUAAUUCUUACAAAAGGGACUGCGGCUUUACAUUUACAAGUUGUAGAAACUAUUAUCGAAGAAAUCCAUAGUAAACAAGGAAAAAUAUCACUUACCAAAUGUUGUUUCUUGCGCACAUCUUUAAGUUUCCUUUCAUGGACAUUUUCUAAAAAUACAAUCACUCCCACCAUCAGUCAAUUAAUUCAAAACUCCACAUUGCCACAAAUAAAGAAAGAAUUGUAUUCAAAGCUUCAAUGUUUCAAUUAUUUUCGUUUAUCAAUUCCAAAAUUUCAUGAACGUACUCGUGAUUUGUAUCAAUUAACAAAAGGACCAAAGAAUGAGAAAGUCAAGUGGACAAAAGAAUUAUCAGAUAAAUAUUAUAGUUUCUGCAAAUAUAUCUUCAAUAAACCAAUGAUUUACAUGUAUGAUGAAAAACAACCCCUAAUCCUUAAGGUAGAUGGAUCAAAUUCAGGAAUUGGAGGAUUCUUAUGCCAAAGAGAUAUUGAGGGAAUUAUCAGACCAUUAGGAUUCUUUUCAUAUCCCUUACAGGAAACGAAAAAUCCAAGAUCACCCACUUAUAUUGAACUUUUAGCUAUAGCAAGAGGAAUAUCUACUUUCAGAUAUUUAAUACAAGGUAAGGAGUUAAUAGUUGAAAGCGAUCAUCGCCCUCUUUCUGGAUUAAUUAAACAAUCUACAACCCCAAAAUUUGCCGAGUUAAUUUCAUCAAUUGCACAAUAUACAACAAAUAUCAAGUACAUUAAUGGCAGUAAUAACCAACUAGCGGAUUUACUGUCUAGAAUCUUCAAUAACAUAAAAUCUGAAAUGAAUCAAGUUGAACAACCAAAGAAGAGAGGAAGACCAAAGAAACUUCUCAAUCCUAUGUGCCAAGACGAUAAAUAUUAUAUCAAUUAUGAAUUAUUGCCUAUUGAUUUAGCUUCACUUCAAAAAAUGGAUGAGGAACUCACAAGUUCACUUCAAGAUGGGAAAUAUAACAAUCUACAGAUUGAAAAAGUCAAUGAUAUUAUUGUUACAAAAGAUACAAAAGUACCAAUCAUUACAGAUGAGGAAACAAUACAAACAAUCUUCAAAAUUUGUCAUGAUCAAUCGGGACACUGGAAUGCAAUUGCAACAAAAGAAAUAAUUCAAAAAUAUGUAUAUAUUCCAAAUUUAGAAAUGAAAAUCAAGGAUUAUAUUUCAAAGUGUGAUACAUGCAACAGAUUUAAUUCAAAGAACUACGAAAAAGCCAAGUCUGAAGAACAAAUUUAUAAUACUUUUGAAUGUCUUGCAGCAAAUGCUAUGGGUCCAUUAGAAAUUACAAAGAAUAAUUCAAUACAUAUUUUACUUUAUGUCUGUCCAGCUUCAAAAUUCGUUAUAGCACAUGCUAUGCCAGAUUUAACUUCAAAAUCCAUCAUUAAUUCUUUACAACAAAUAAAAGCAUCUUAUACUCUACCAAGAAUCCUGAGAACUGAUUCAGCAAGGUACUGGACUGCAAGAGAAGUAGAAAAAUACCUCCAAGCAAAUCAAGUAUUUCAUUCUUUAAGUACACCCACAAAUUCAACGGGAAACGCGUUUGCAGAAAGAUUUAUCAGAACUUUACAAACUAUUUUAGGAAAAUUGUUACUGGACUAUCCAUCAACGCAAUGGGACCAAAUUUUACCAGAAGCGAUUUAUUCAAUGAACCAUUUUCUGCGAAAUGGAUCAACUCCGUUUCAACAAGUUCUCAAGUUUGUACCGUCUACAGUUUUGCAGCUAGCAAUGCAAAAGUCCUUGACACAAAAGGAACUUCAAAAUAUUAAACAAAAAAUCAAAGCUACUGAGUCGGCAGCGUAUGCAAAAGUAAGAAGAAGAACAAAGCUACAACCACGUUACGAAGAAAAAACAGCUGUAGAUGGAGUAUCUAGGGAUGGAAAAACCCUACACCUACUACGAGAAGGACGAACUUAUCUACGACCAAAAAGGAAUACAAAAAUAACAAUUUUUUUAAAUGCUGGAAUUUAUAAAAGAGAAAUUGAAUCUGAAUUUCUUAAUGAAACAACAAUUUCUACCAUUUCUGAUAGUGAUAAAAUAAAACAUUCUAUAAUUAAUGAAACAGAAAUUUUAAAGAAUGAAAAUGAAAUUGAAAGUAGUGGAGAUAUUGAUACUUUAAUUAAUACCGAAACAACUAAUAGUUUAAUAAAUACUACUGAAAGCUUUUAUGAUGGAGUAAAUGAAAACAAUUUAAAUUUAAUUGAAGAAAAAUUUAUAGCUAUUGAUCCUGUUAACAAUUAUACAGAAAUGCAUACAACAACAGAAUUAACAUUGAAUGAAGAUAUAACAACAGAUUCUACAAUUAUUACUUCUUUACCAGAUAUUCAUAAAUGUCCAUGUAAAAUUUCUCAUAAUUUUCUUCAUUCAAAUAAUUAUUCUAUUAUAUUUAAUUUAACAAAUUUUAUUAAUUCAACAUUUUCUCCAACAAUAUUAUUUUCUCCUAUAAUUACAAAUAAUGAUGAUAAAAAAAUGUUUUGUGAUUGUGAUUGUAUGUGUAAGAUAAAUGAAUUACUUAACAAAACUAAAGUAACAUCUACAACAACUACAACAACAAUGGCAACUACUACUAUACCAGAAGAUAAAAAAAUUAUUUAUAUAUCAAAUAGACAAAGACAAUGUAAAUGUACUUGUGAUAAUGAAAGUAUUAUUAAUUUUCUUGAUACAAUUAAUUAUAAGAAAUUGAAAGGAAAAUUAUGUAAAUGUACAUGUGAUAUGAAAUCUUUAUUAUCUAUUACUACUACAAUAAAUCCUCCUACAAUUAAUACUUUACAACCAAAUAAAAAAAAAUUAUGUAAAUGUAUAUGUGAAAAGGAAGAAUUUUUUGAUAAACAAAUGACAACAACUGUUAAAAGUACAAAAAAAAAGUUAUGUAAAUGUACAUGUGAUAAAGAAUAA